AUGGAAGGCAACAUGGAGAACCAACAUGAAGAAGAGGCUCAUAACCGUGGGGGAGGAGGUAGAGCGAAUCAUGCUGGGGAAGAUAGAAGAGUGUUAAGCUCUUACAUCAACCCAAACCCAGGCAAUUACGGAAGUAGCAUCCAAAAACCCACAAUCCAGGCCAACAACUUUGAACUGAAACCACAACUCAUCACCCUUGUCCAGAACAACUAUUCAUUCGGAGGAGCUGAGAAUGACUACUUCUAUGCAUCCGAAAGAGGGAACACUAGAGGAGUGAUAGAGCUCAACAAUGUAGAUACUCUGCUGGCUCAGAAUAAGCUCAUUACCAAGCUGUUAGCUGACCUCACCAAGAAGAUGGAGAGGAAUCAAGUGGCAGCCAUCACCACUUCAUCAACAGCCCAAGAAGGAGUUGCUGAAGAGGGAGAGGGAGAUCUUGAGCAAGCCAACUACAUUGGGAAUUCACCUAGACAAAGCCAUGAUCCAUACUCCAAAACAUACAACCCUGGAUGGAGAAAUCACCCAAACUUUGGGUGGGAAAAUCAGCAAGAUCAAAGUCAAGAACAGAGGCGUUACAACCCCAACAACAAUGCAGCUCACCAACAAUUAUCCCAAAGGGCAUAUCAACAUCAAAACAGCACCUCUGCCCUCAAUCAAUCAUCAAUUGAUGAAAGAUUCUCUAAGCUUGAAACCUUGAUUGAAAGAAUAUGCCAAGAUGUCCAAGACAACAAGGUGUUCAAAGAAGAGGUGCAGUCAAACAUGCAGAAUCAAACUGCUGCCAUCAAGAAGCUGGAGACACAAAUUGGUUACAUAUUCAAGCAGCUUUCUAACCGCAACAUUGGCAAUAACAACAGUUUGAGCAAGGAAGAGGAAUGUCAAGCCAUAACACUAAGAAGUGGGAAGAAACUUAAGGAGAUUUCCGAAAAACUACAAGAAGAAAGCUCAAAUGAAGAGGAAGAAAAGCAAAGCGGAGUACAAGCUCCAGUUUCAAGUCUACAAAAGGAAAAGGGGAUGUCAAAACUCAACUUCUCAAGAGCUCCAUAUCCUCAGCAGUUGAAGAAAAAGGAAGAUGACAACCAAUUCCUAAGAUUCUUGGAAAUCUUCAAGAAACUACAAAUCAACAUCCCCUUUGCUGAAGCAAUAGAACAAAUGCCACUUUAUGCCAAGUUCUUGAAGGAACUGAUGACCAAGAAGAGAAGUUGGAAGAAUAAUGAGACUGUGAUAUUAACCGAAGAAUGUAGUGCUAUCAUUCAGCACAAACUACCUCAGAAAAUGAAGGAUCCUGGCAGCUUUCAGAUCCCUUGUAUAAUAGGGGAAAUCACAGUAGAGAAGGCCCUUUGUGACUUAAGGGCCAGCAUCAAUCUGAUGUCAGUAGCAAUGAUGAGGAAGAUAAAGAUCGAGGAAGCAAAACCAACCAAAAUGGCAUUACAACUGGCAGACCGAUCGUUCAAGUUUCCUCAUGGCAUAGUAGAGGAUUUGUUGGUAAAAGUAGGAGAGUUCAUAUUCCCGGCAGAUUUUGUAGUAUUGGACAUGCAGGAGGAGGCCAAAACCUCCAUUAUUUUGGGAAGGCCAUUUUUAGCCACUACUGGGGCUAUUAUUGAUGUCCAAAAAGAUAUUGCUCUUGGCGCCCCAGAUUCUGCUCUUGUUGAGUCUGCAUGA